AUGGCAAGUUCAAAUCAAGAAGGUUCGGAGUGGCGUGCUAAUGGCACAUCCGAGAAAGGCACUAUCUUGGUAACUGGUGGCGCAGGAUACAUUGGAAGCCACACCUGCGUCCAACUAUUAGAGGAGGGCUAUAGGGUAGUGGUGGUGGACAACCUCGAUAACUCCUCCGAAGAAGCUAUCACUCGCGUCGUAGAGCUGACCGGCAACAAGGGAAGAAAUCUGACCUUCUUCAAGGUUGAUUUGUUGGACCGGCCUCUUCUGGAGGAGGUGUUCAAGCACACAGCUUUCGACGCCGUGAUUCACUUCGCGGGGCUCAAGGCGGUGGGCGAGAGCGUGCAGCAGCCGCUACGAUACUACCACAACAACAUCACGGGCACCAUAGUGUUGUUGGAGCUUAUGGAGCAGUACGGCUGUAGCAAGAUAGUGUUCUCAUCAUCCGCCACGGUGUAUGGUCAGCCCAAGAGAGUGCCGUGCACAGAGGAGGACGAGCUGCAGACACUAAACCCGUACGGCCGAACCAAGCUGUACAUAGAGAACAUGCUGCGGGACAUGCAGGCGGCGUCGCCGGGGUGGCAGGUGCUGCUGCUGCGCUACUUCAACCCCGUGGGCGCGCACCCGUCAGGGCGAAUAGGCGAGGACCCCCAGGGCAUCCCCAACAACCUCAUGCCCUUCAUCCAGCAGGUCGCCGUGGGCCGCCGCCCCUUCCUCUCCGUGUUUGGGAACGACUAUCCCACGCACGAUGGCACAGGGGUGCGGGACUACAUUCACGUGAUGGACCUCGCAGCAGGCCACACAGCAGCGCUGCGCAAGAUCUUCACCACGCCCUCCCUCACGUGCGACGUGUACAACCUCGGCACGGGCCGCGGGCAGUCUGUUCUCGAAAUGGUAGCAGGCUUCGAGAAGGCCUCAGGCCGGGAGAUUCCUGUCAAGAUGUGCCCCAGGCGACCCGGUGACUGCUCGGAGGUGUAUGCGCUGACGGAUAAGGCUGAGAGGGAGCUGAAAUGGAGGGCGGGUCUGACCCUGGAUGAUAUGUGCCGGGAUCAAUGGAACUGGGCUAGGCAGAACCCGUGGGGGUAUUCGAACCCACCUGAAGAGGCGCAGGCAGAGCAGGUAGUGGUUGUGGAGGGGGGAGGAGAGGGUAAAGGUGGAAAAGCAGAGGUGGCAAAGGGGAGUCCUGCGAUUUUGCUAGUGUGGCUGGUGUUAUGCUUGGCGCUCAAGGUGCUCUCUCUCGAGCGCGCCGCGUUCCCCGAUGCUAGCGCUUCCGCCAACGUUUCUCCGCACCCCGCGGGGAGCGCCCGUCAGGGUUCACUUCCCGGGCAUUGGCGGCGCAGGAGGGGCGGAAGGACUUCCGCGCGCGGGGGACGGGGGGAGGCGUCUGGCGGAAAGCGCGCGCACAGGAGCCAGUCGGAGAAGAAGCCGCAAGCCAGCCUCAUGCCUCCGCUUUCCCCCAUCUCCCCGACCUCCGCGCGUGCUGCGCACGUAACCCCCAUACGCGGACACCCGGUUAGCGCUUUGCGCACAGAAACCCCCCGAGAAAGCGCCGUCGCGGCGCUAUCGGCGCAAGAAGUACCCCCCGCAGCGCCGGCGGCGGAGGGGGCUCUAGACGGUUGGCAGCGGCGGCAGCGGCUUGCAGGACGGCAGCUUGCAUGGGCGGCGACGCCGGCAAACGCGGCGGCUCCCGCGGAGGGGGAUUUUUCUAGAUUCGCUGGUUGCAGCGAGACAGGGAUGGGGGGAAGAGUGGGGGAGGCACGGGGGGAGGCGCAAGAGGAAGCAGACGUGGUGGAGGUGGUCGGGGAUGGGGGGGAAGGGGGGACGGGGAGCAGAGAUGCGGAGGCGGGGGGAGAAAGCGGGAGUGUCAAUCUGAUUAAGGGCCAACAGGAUGGGCGAAUGGGGAAGCAGAGGGGGCGGAUAAGCGGUGGGAAGGGGUUAAGGGCAGGAGGGGAGGAGAGGGGAGAUGGUGCGGAGGAGAGAACGGCAGAGGGAUCUGGAGGAGCAGGAGGAACAGGGGGAGGAGGGGGAACAGGGGGAGCAGGGGGGGCAAAGGGCAGGAUAGGGGAAGAGGUGGACUGCGAAGAGUUCAAGGGAGGGGGGAGCGUGGAUGUACGGAAGAAGGAGGAAGAGCAGGCGUUGGAGGAGGAGGAAGAGGAGGAGGAGGAUGAGGAAGAGAAUGAGGAUGAGGAUGGGGAUGGGGAUGAGGAGGAAGAGGAGGAGGAGGAAGAGGAGGAGGAGGAGGAAGAGGGGGAUGAAGAAGCGGAGGGGAAGGAGGGGGUGGGUGGUGUGGGGCGAGCAGGGAAGCAGCUGGGCAGACAGGCAGCAGCAGAGGGACAGAUGCACGUGAGUGACUCGAGACAGGCUGUGACUCAACAUCUGAAUGUGCAAGCAGCACCGACGCAAGCAGCAUCAGAACAACCAGCAUCUGAAGAGAGGAAGCUGGGCGCGCAGGGGGAAGCAGGGGCGGCGGUUGAGCGGAAGCAAGAGGCUGCACGGCAACUGGCAUUGCAGCAGCCACGGGAGGCACCCCCCAAGGCGCAGGGCGCAUUAGAGGCGGGCGGUGGUGCAGGCGGGGCUGAGGGGGGCGGGGCUGAGGGAGGCGGGGCCGAGGGAGGGCCAGGCACAGUUGGCAAGGCAGCAGGCCCCCCCUUGCAUUGUGGUGAUUUACUCCGUUCUUGUGCUUCUCUUCCCCCUCUCUCCUUUCUCCCCCCUCUCCUGCACCUUCCUCCCUUCUUUCCUCCCCAUCCCCCCUCUUUCCCCCCAGGCAUGUGCGCAGUGCCCUUCCACCCCAUGUGCGCGCGCCAGGGGGGCCUGCUCAUGACCCUCUCCGCCUCCCCCUGCUCCCCCCGCGUGCUGCUUAAGGCCUUCUGCCCCCGCCACUCCGCCCUGCGCCUCCCCCCGCUGGUGCAGCAGCUGCAGGCAGGGGCGGGCGGAGGGGGAGGGAAAGGGGGAGAGGGUGGGGAGGCGGAGAAGGAAGGGGAAAGGGUGGGGACAGGUGCAGGGGCGGUGGGGAAGAUGGGAAUCGCUGGUGGGGAAAAGGAAGAGUGGGUGGGUGACGGGGCAGAAGGGGGGGUGAUGGGAGAAGUGUGGGUGGGAGUGAAGGAGGGAAGCAGGGGGGUUGAGAGACAUGGAGAGGUAGGGAAUGAGGGAGAGGAGGAGGAUGAGGAGGAAGGGGAGGGAGGGGGGGACGGUGGUGAGGAGGAAGGAAGGGUAAGGAGAGGAGAGGGGGAGGGGUUGCAAGGGAAGUUGGAAGAUAAGGAGGGGGCAUUUAGGGCAGAGGAUACUGGCAAUGCAGCCAGUGCGGUGGGUGAGGGACGGGAAGCAGGGCGGAUGGAUGGGCGUGAGAAGGGAGAGAGGGACGAAGGAAAUGGAAUGCUGGUGGAGGGAGGGAGAAGAGAAGUACGGGAAGAAGACGGAGGAGGAGAGGAGGGAGGGAGAGAAGAGCGAUGGGGAGUGAAGGAAGAGGGGAAGUUAAGGGAGGAAGGGGGGGAGGGUGCGGAAGUGGGAAGGGGGAUGAACAGAGGGGAUGUUGGGUCCUGUGCUCGUGGUGGUUGCGGUGAUGGUGGUGGUGCGUCUAUUGAUGCUGGUGGUGCUUUCGGUGAUGUUGUAAUGAAGGAUGCAAGCGUGUCAAAAGAAGCACCAGGGGAGGCUGCAGCUGCAGGGGAGACAGCAGGGGAGGUACCAAGGGAGGCAGCAAGGGAGGCAGCAGCAGUAGGGCAGUCAGCAGCAGCAGUGGCAGUGGCAGAGGAGUCAGAUGAUGAUGAUGAUGUGGUGGUGCUGGUGGAGGAAGGAUCAGUGAGGGAGGAGGUGGAUGCAGCAGCAGCAGGGACAAGGGGUUGCCUGCCUGCAGCGUCAGGAAGGAGUGUGCGCAGCGAAGCAAAGCCCAAUGCUAGUGCUGCAGGUGCUGUGACGCCAGUUGUACGUGCUGAUGUGGCACAAUUGACACGUUCUGCUGAUGUGGCGCCAGUUAAGCAAGCCCAGGCUGACGUGGAGUGGCCCAGAUGGGAGGGCGCUGCUGCGCUGGCGCUGAUUCAGCAGGUGCGGUGCCAUGCGUACGUGCAGAGAUAUGCUGAAACGCUGCAGGCGUCAGGAAAAGAGGGGAUAGGGGACUCGAGUUGUGUGGGGCGUGUGAAGGAAGAAGAGGAGGUGGAAGGGGAAGGGCAGGAGGAGGAGGGAAGAAGAUACAACAGGGAGCAAGUCAAGCAAGGAGAGGAGCACAAGACGAGCAGGAGGCAGCAGGGAGGGCAGCUAAUCUUUUCAGAUGGUGCACUGGUGCAGGUGGCACCUGAGGGAGGUACACCUGAGGACGAGGUCACAUCAGAGCUCAUCAUAGCACAGACCCAGCUGCUGUCCGUCCUGCACACCCUCUCGCACCGCUCCCAACACCUGCUUCACCGCAUGCUACCGCGCCUGCAGGCGGAGAGGCAAGCAGCAGAGGCGCAGCAGCAGGGGAAGGCGGCGGUUGAAGAGUAUUUGGGGGGAGUGGAGAGAGGGGAAGCGCAGGAGAUGGAGGGGGGUGCAAGUAGGGAUGGGGUGAUGGAGGAGGGAGGGAGCAGGGUUGGGGCGAUGGAGGGAGGAGGUGGAGGAGGCAGUGGUGUAGAUGGGGGAAAGGGUGGGGGGAUGAGCUUGAGCAGGGAGGGGGAGGGGAAAGGGAGUGUGGGGAGUGAAGGGCGGGCGGCACUGAAGCGAACGGAGAAGGGCCAAUGGGUGCAUCUGCUGUGCGCUCAGGUGUUGUUUCCUGACUGCGCUGUGUUGGGUGCACCCGAGGAUCGACCCCUACGCCUCACUGGCGCCGUCCCUCCCACCAAGCAGCAGCGCUGCUGCUGCUUCUGCCACUCCUCAUCUGCGCACGCAUGCACGCAGUGCGCCAUGCCAGGCUGCUUUCGUGUUAUGCAUCCCAUGUGUGCGCGCCACUGCUCUCGCCUCAUCACUCCCUCCUCACUGCCAGAGCCACCUCAACCGUCCCCUCCCAUCUGCACUCCUUCCCUUCCUCCCUCUACCGCCGCUGCCACUGCCACAACCCGCGCCACUGCCCCGACCACUGCCGCUGUCUCUCCUGCUCCUCCCCCAACAGCCUGUCCCACCACCGCUGGUAUCACCGCUGCUGAGUCUCCUGGCAUUGCAACACAUGCUGCUCUCCCCUCUCCUCCUCCUCCGCUCUCCUCCACGCCUUCCUCCAUAGCAGGAGCUCCAGUGCCCUUCCAUCCUCCCUCCUCUCUCGCAUCAACUCUCCCUCCUCCUCCACCACCCACUACCACCACCGCAGCCCCUGUCGAACCCCCUCGGGCACCUGUGAAAAUUCACUUGUACUGCCCAGAGCAUGCGGCAGCUUCCAAGAUCCAGAAACUCGACCCUCGUUUCCAGCAAUUCACCUCCCCCAGUAGCACCUCCCAGCUGCCCUCCAAUGCACCUCUCCUGCCUUCAAAGCGCCGGGCUCCAGUUUCUUUCACGGAUCAUGAGGAUCAGAAGAGACGCUGUGUGGGAGUGGCUGAGGGAGAGGGUGGGGAUGAUAGACUGGGUAGGGUGAUGGUGGGUGGAGCACCGAGACAGGCAUGUGGAGCGGAACAGAGCUCGCAGGAAAAGCAAGCAGGGGGUGUGACGACAAGGCCAUUGUUGAAGCUGCAGCUGUCGCUCGUCUCCAUCACAUCGCGGGAUGAUCGGAGUUCCCUUUGUCCGCCGAAGCUGGCUGUCAGUCAGCUCAAACCUCCCUGCGAUCCCGAUCCCCCCUCCUCCACAAAAGCGUUCCACGAAUUCAUGGCACCCUACCCCGUUUCCCCCCCCGCCUCCUCUUUUUCCCCCGCGCGCUCGUCCACCUUCUCUAGGCGCAUCUCAUCGUCCAUUUCGUCAGCAUCAAUCCUCCAAUCGCAGCGGAACGUCGCCAGACGGAAGUUCUGGAGCUCGCCGCAGGCGGUUUUCCAAUGGGGGAAGCGGCCGGAGUACAAGGGGACGCCACCACGUGUCAUAGUGGUGACAUCGGGGAAAGGAGGUGUCGGAAAGACGACUAUGGUGGCUAAUAUCGGAAUGUGCCUGGCUCGGUUGGAGUUUAAAGUCGUCGCGAUAGACUGCGACGUGGGUCUCAGGAACCUCGACUUGCUUCUAGGAAUGGAGGCUAGGGUAUUUCACACAGUCCAAGAUGUGUUGGCAGGAGAGGCUCGACUUGAUCAGGCGCUUGUACGCGACAAGCGCGUUCCCAAUUUCGAGCUUCUCUGCAUUUCCAAGCCUCGGUCCAAAAUCGAUUUAAAUUUCAGCGGCAAGUCGCUGAUUCUCCUAGUGGAAGCCUUAAGGGAGCGCGAGGAGGGGUGUCCAGAUUUCAUUCUCCUAGACUGUCCAGCGGGGAUCGAAGCCGGGUUUAUAACGGCAAUCACGCCGGCCAACGAGGCGAUUAUCGUGACGACGCCGGACGUGACGUGUCUGAGGGAUGCGGACAGGGUUGCGGGGCUGUUGGAGUGCGACGGCAUCACGAACGUGUCGCUGCUGGUGAACCGCGUGCAGGCAGAUCUGAUCAAGCAAGGCCAGAUGAUGUCCGUCGGGGACGUCAGGGAAAUGCUCGGACUUCCGCUGUUGGGGGUUAUUCCGGAAGACACUGCAACGAUUGGUGCAUCCAACCAGGGAAUGCCGCUUGUGCUGAAGAAGCCACCUACCAUGGCAGGCCUGGCAAUGGAGGCUGCAGCUUGGCGGCUGGCUCAAGGGGAACAGAUGGAUGUGGUUGUGCUUCCAGAGGAGAAGAAAGGGUUUCUCGCCUUUUAG